UCGUUUACGUGGCAGCGCCGCUAUUUGCUCGAGCCAAAGAGGCCUUGACUUUUGAACGUGUUUUCUGAGGCGACGACGCGCAUGUGUGCAACGUCGGCGCCAAGGAAUCGAGGAAAACUGACACGGACAGCGCAUCCUCCAGGGGCGUUCAGAAACUAUCGAGCUCUGUGAGCGUCGUCGAGCCGAUACCUUAGACGUAUAAGUAUAGGGUACUCCAGGAGUCCAGACUCAAUCUGCAGUUAGACAGCAUCGAAUCAGCAUCAUGCGCUUGCACAUUGUUGUUGCCAUAGCGGUCAUCUUCGUCUCCGAGUGGCAUCGGUCCGAAGGGUACCUCGGCAGAGCGCAGGUUCCCAUAAAAGAUGGUAAGUGCCAGUACAACGGGACGGAAAUAUCACCAUCUGAGCCGCUGAAACUGGAGCAUCCCUGCGAGGAAUGGAGUUGUGCCUUGGGAACGGAAGAAACCGGCGAACUCGAACAAGCAGGCUGUGGCGUCGUCCGUCCAGGUCCAGGUUGCCAUACCGUCACAGGAACGGGCGUAUAUCCGGACUGCUGCGUCAAGGUUGUGUGCGACUGACUACACCGCACAUAAUAGUCUCUUGACAAAGGAUAAGAGGUCUAUAAUGUCACCUGUGGCUUCGGUCCUUUCCUUUCGGUUAGAAGAUUCUUAGCCAACCGCCAACUUCGUUACAUGUUGUCAUGUGUUUAGCAUAGAGCCGCUUAAUUUAGUUUGCAUUUAAAGCUUAAGCUUUAUUGACACAAAAAUCGCAGUUACGUGCACCAAAGCUCCGACGGUGACGAAAUACGAUGUUUAAAGGAACAAGAGGAAUUUCAAUUGUACAAGUUAUGGAAGGGAGGUCGGUAUGAGCUAACCUAACCUGAUAGGCUGUGCGCCGGGAAAGGGGUAAAAGAGGACGAAGGGGGGAUGGGGGUUGAUGAUGCUGACAAAAAAUCGGGCUGCGAUGAAUCCUUGUGAACACAGCAGCAUACUUAAAUCUGUCUUGAGCCGUCUUGAGCACAGUCUUGUGUCGUGGAGAGAUUGGCACCAUGGCUCGUACUGUUAGUCAAAAGUCGCCUGUGUUACUGCUCCUCUGUGUCUGCCCUUACUGUGUUACAAUUCGUCAGUAGCGGCAAAAUCAAACAUACAUGAAAAUUAAACGAAAACAGGGCCAAAAAAUAAUGCCGUCGGUAUAGUUACAGAUGAGUGUUUGUAGUCAUUCAGAAAACGAGUACGCAUACUGAAGUAUAAAGAAAAAAUACUAAUAAAGUAUAUGUGCCCGA